CCCCCGUCUCCCACAGGGCCCUGACUUUCGGUAAAUGACAGUGGCUCAGGAAACCAAGGGGCCCACACAGGAAGGAGCCGAGUGGGACUUUCCUCUUGCUGCCUCCCGGCUCUGCUCUCCCUUCGAAGGCCCAGGGUCCCUGCCUGCUAGGCAAGUUGCACUCAUGGCACCUCCAAGUGAGGAGACACCCCUGAUCCCUCAGCGCUCCUGCAGCCUCUUGUCCACGGAGGCUGGUGCCCUGCAUGUGCUACUGCCCGCUCGGGGCCCCGGGCCCCCCCAGCGCCUAUCUUUCUCCUUUGGGGACCACUUGGCUGAGGACCUGUGCGUGCAGGCUGCCAAGGCCAGCGGCAUCCUGCCUGUGUACCACUCCCUCUUUGCUCUGGCCACGGAGGACCUGUCCUGCUGGUUUCCCCCGAGCCACAUCUUCUCCAUGGAGGAUGCCAGCACUCAAGUACUGCUCUACAGGAUUCGCUUUUACUUCCCCAAUUGGUUUGGGCUGGACAAGUGCCACCGCUUCGGGCUACGCCAGGAUUUGGCCAGCGCUAUCCUUGACCUGCCAGUCCUGGAGCACCUCUUUGCCCAGCACCGCAGUGACCUGGUGAGUGGGCGCCUCCCUGUGGGCCUCAGCCUCAAGGAGCAGGGUGAGUGUCUCAGCCUGGCCGUGCUGGACCUGGCCCGGAUGGCGCGAGAGCAGGCCCAGCGGCCAGGAGAGCUGCUGAAGACUGUCAGCUACAAGGCCUGCCUACCCCCAAGCCUGCGCGACCUGAUCCAGGGCCUGAGCUUCGUGACGCGGAGGCGUAUUCGGAGGACAGUGCGCAGGGCCCUGCGCCGCGUGGCCGCCUGCCAGGCCGACCGGCACUCGCUCAUGGCCAAGUACAUUAUGGAUCUGGAGCGGCUGGAUCCGGCUGGGGCCGCCGAGACCUUCCAUGUGGGCCUCCCUGGGGUCCCUGGUGGCCAGGACGGGAUGGGGCUGCUCCGCGUGGCUGGUGACGGAGGCAUCGCCUGGACCCAGGGAGAACAGGAGGUCCUCCAGCCCUUCUGCGACUUUCCAGAAAUCGUAGACAUUAGCAUCAAGCAGGCCCAGCGCGUUGGCCCGGCCGGGGAGCACCGCCUGGUCACUGUCACCAGGACAGACAACCAGAUUUUGGAGGCCGAGUUCCCGGGGCUGCCCGAGGCUCUGUCUUUCGUGGCGCUCGUGGACGGCUACUUCCGGCUGACCACGGACUCCCAGCACUUCUUCUGCAAGGAGGUGGCACCGCCGAGGCUGCUGGAGGAGGUGGCAGAGCAGUGCCACGGCCCCAUCACUCUGGACUUUGCCAUAAACAAGCUUAAGACUGGGGGCUCACGUCCUGGCUCCUAUGUUCUCCGCCGCAGCCCCCAGGACUUUGACAGCUUCCUCCUCACUGUCUGUGUACAGAGCCCCCUUGGUCCUGAUUAUAAGGGUUGCCUCAUUCGGCGCAGCCCCACAGGGACCUUCUUUCUGGUUGGCCUCAGCCGAUCCCACAGCAGCCUUCGAGAGCUCCUGGCAGCCUGCUGGGAUGGGGGGCUGCACGUAGAUGGGGUCGCAGUGACCCUCACCUCCUGCUGUAUCCCCAGACCCAAAGGUGAGCCCCCUCCUCCCCUGAAAUGAGUGGCUGAUCUGGGACCCUGGCUUUCUAUGUCUGUGACAACUCCUGUGUGGGUGGCAAAUGGCAGAAACUGCAGAUCAAGGUGGGUUAGGGAAGAAAAGGUGAUUUAUUGGCUCAGGAAGUUAGAGAUAUAUAACCUUUAGGUCUGGCUUGAUCUAGGCACAGCUAGAUGUGAGCCAUGUCACCUGCACCUAGUCUCUCUCCAUCUCUCAGCUCUGGGUGAAUUUCACUCUUUGACAAACUCCUCUGAUGGGAUAACUCUGAGAUGUGAGUUCUUCAGAGUCUCCCAGAAUCCCUAAUAGAACCGAGCUCUGGCCGGGCGCGGUGGCUCAAGCCUGUAAUCCCAGCACUUUGGGAG